AUGACCGAUGCUAAAGACGGAGUUUCUGUGUUUGACCACGCGUCUGGCUCCUCAGUUGCUCCUCCCGACACAGCUGACAGCCUCUCUCGUUCACACUGGCAGACCCGUGACGCAGCUGCUCGCCUAACUAUUCGCAAUUAUCUGCCAUUAGCAGAACGUGCUCACUUCGGCCAGCACAAGACCGCUAAGGAUCUGUACACCGCUGUAUUCGCUCGUUACUCUUCCCCUGCCACUGCUGCUCUCAGCCGCCUUUUCCUGCCCUACCUGUUCCCCGAGCUGUCCUCCUUUGCCACAGUUGAGGACCUCAUCUCCCACCUUCGCGCUAGUGACGGGUGUUACUCCUCUCCCCUUGCCCCCUCCAAUGCUUCUGCUGCUGUUGUUGACUUCCUUGGUGCUGAGGAGGUCGGCGCUGCUUCUGCUCCUAGUGGGAAGCGCCGCAGCGGCAAGGGUAGGGGCGGCAGGAGUGGUAGAGGUGGUGGAGGGGGGGGCGGUGGUGGAGGCGACGGGGGUGGUGGAGGUGGCGGAGGUGGCGGUGGGAGUAGUGGCGGGAGUGGAGGCGUCGGUGGCGGCGGUAGCGGUAGCAGUGGGAGUGGAGGCGGCGGAGGCGGCGGCCGUGGGAGUGGUGGUGGUGGAGGCGGCAGCGGCGGUUGUGGCGGCAGUGGGAGCGGUGGCGGCAGCACUGGUGGCGGUCGGGGUGGAGCCUUUCAGAGGGGAGGCUCUGGAGGUGGUAAGAGGCAGUAG